GCGUCGAGAGGCCAAGAAGCCGGUUGGCAGUGUUGGCAGUCGAACAAUCAGACAAGCAAGAAAGAGUCAACACGGGCAACUCGGUCAACAUCAACACUCGAGAGCGAGGCGUCGCCUCGCCGCCCGUUGCCGUAUCUGUUCGCCGCGUUGCUCUUCCUCGAGGUUUCGAAUUUGCAGCAGUCGCGAGUCGCGAGUGCUGUGCGACAAAGAAGCGCCGAAGCGCGUAGUUGUGCAGCGUUUAUGUGAGAACCGCAGAGCGCAGACGGAGGUGCAAUCUGCGAGUUGACCUCUGUCCGAAGCGGCGAUUGGAAGCGUUUUGGUGCGACCGCCGCAGCUGCGGAGGUGAUAUCGCGAAUCCGUGGCCGGAGGAGGAAGAGGAGGAACCGGAGCAAGGGCAACGGCAGUGCCGGUCGGGGAGCGGUAGGCGGUUGGCCGUUGUCGCUGUCGGACCGACGCAGACCGUAGAGGCGCUGCAACCGGUGCCUUAGCAACAGCAUUGACAGUCGAGAUGCAGCGCCCAGAACCGGAGUGCUCCAGUGACCAUUGAUGCGGAGUGCAUGUGCGGGCCGCGAUCUCGUCUCGCGGCGCAUUCUUGAACCGUCCGGAGCAGACGCCGCGGCCGCCGCCGCCGCCGCCGCCCGGACGGACAUGAUGGUCUAUCCCGACCCCCAGUGGAGCUGCUCGGCCACGGCACCCAUGCUCCAGCUGUACGACGACGUCGGAUACCGAGUAAACGUCGUCGAAGCCUUGCAAGAGUUUUGGCAGAUGAAGCAUGCCCGCGGCGCCGACCUCCGCAACGGGGCCCUCGUCAUAUACGAAUCCGUACCCUCCAACGCCCAACCCUACGUCUGCUACGUCACCCUUCCUGGAGGCUCCUGCUUCGGCAGCUUCCAGAACUGUCCGACCAAAGCUGAGGCCCGCCGCAGCGCAGCGAAGAUCGCACUGAUGAACUCCGUUUUCAACGAGCAUCCGUCCCGUCGCAUUUCGGACGACUUCAUCGAGAAGGCAGUCGCCGAGGCUCGGAAUUCCUUCAAGGGGGAUCCCGAAGAGGCGGACAACCCGAACACCGGGAUAGGCGCGUUCCGGUUCAUGCUGGAGUCGAACAAGGGACGCACCAUGCUGGAGUUCCAAGAAUUGAUGACUGUGUUUCAGCUGUUGCAUUGGAACGGCAGCUUGAAGGCCAUGAGAGAGCGGCAGUGCAGCCGACAAGAAGUGGUGGCGCAUUACUCCAACAGGGCUUUAGACGACGACAUGCGAUCCCAGAUGGCCUUAGACUGGAUCGCUCGGGAGCAGGAGUGCGCCGGAUCUCUCCGUCGCGAGCUGAACCAAGCCGAACGGGAACUGGAAUCGGCGAGACUUGCAGGACGCGAGUUACGUUUCCCCAAAGAGAAAAAGGACAUCCUCAUCCUUGCUCAUACCCAAGUCAACGUCAGUUAAUCGCUUCGCUUGCGUUUUGUACGUUAUAUGUUAAGUUUUUUGUGAGACUGUUUUUGUUAUGAUAAGUAAAUUAUUGAAUGUUUCAUGUUGAUAUUGUAAAAUAGGACUUCUCAACUCGUCAAGUAUCCUUUGAAGAUCUCUUGCUUUUUGAUAUUUAGGCCGGUUCUAAGUAUGCGGCGGGAGACCGACUGACGAUUUUAAGUGCGUCUCCGGCAUUUAAAAUUACGCACGCAAAAACCUGAUUCCAUUUUGGGGAUUUCACAUUCGAGGUACAGGGCGCUUGUUUUUCGAUUUCGCGGAGCUUCGGACUUACCCAUUUUCCAUUUCAUUUAUAACAAAUCGUAAUUAUGCGAGGACCAUGUUUCGUCAAUAAUUCACUUAAUGGGAACUGGUUUUUGAUUUUUUUUUUAAUUAUGUUUAGCUAUUGCUGAAUUUACAAGCUAUCAUUUUGACUGAUUAUUGCUGUUGCCUCUAUAUAGUGCUAACUAUUUUAUUAUUUUAAUUAUUCAAAUAAACUUUUUAAUCAUA